AUGCAAGCUUUCAUCGUCCUGGCCGCUUUCUCCUUGGCUUUUUCGGCGAAGCCUGCACUGGCCGAUACCAAUAACUGCCCCGGCGUCCUGCACGUUGACGGCCCGUCUUCGACUGCGUGCUGUGUGGGCGCCACGCCGCAGUCAGUUCUUCUAUCCUCCUGUCCCGGAUGGCCUAUUUGCACGGGACCGGCAACCACCAGCCAGACCAUAUCGCCAUUGAGCUGCGCGACCGACAUCCCACUCACGGCCGACAACUAUGAUAGCCUUAUGGCAAGCGCGAGCAGCAGCCUGAAGGAGAGCGGAACCAACAUCCGGACAACUCUCGGGCAAAAUACUAUCGAGAGCAACCCCACCACUACCCCCGUGCCACCCUCAGGCACCGCUGGACCAGGCAGCCCAUCUGGCAGCAGUGUCGGGGUGUCGACGAAUGGAGGUGCUAUGUUGGUCGGAUCCGCGGCUGUCGUUGGGAGUGGAUUGCUUGCUUUCUUCGCAAUGAUCUAGAAACAGCGGUGAUCCUUCUAUGGCUCAAAGCCAAAUGUUAUGUCUAGCAGCAACGAAGGAAGGGUGUGGAGUGGAUGGGGAGGCCUGGUGGAUACAUGAGUUUGAGAGUGGUUAUAGAUGGCAUGAGUAUCCCUUGACCCUGAGUUUGGAAGCACACAAACAAGUUCGGAUGAUUUCGCCGACAUUGUCCGAAUUAC